CCACAAGGCAGCAGGAGCAGAGAGCAGCCAUUGCUGUGUCUGGCAGCAGAGGCGUGAAGAAGACAUCUGGUGAGCGUGAGACACCCAGCAGCCUUCCUCGUGUGUCAGGAGGACCGAGCAGGUCCCAGAGCCCCAUCACGGUGCCUCCACCUCACUCACUGAUACAUGAGAGACACAGUGACCAGAAGAUCUAGGAACUCAUCAACAAGAUCAUUCCGCUGCUGACUGGAGAGGAGGAGGAGUAUAUAGAGGAACACAGGGGUCUGUACAAGGACGUUAUGAUGGAGAAUCACCGGCCCCUCACAUCACUGGAUGGGCCCAGUAACAGAGAUACCCCAGAGAGAUGUCCCCGUCCUCUGUAUUCCCAGGAUUGUACAGAGGAGAAUCACAGGAUCCCACAGGAGGAUCAGGUCCAUCGUCUGUCUGAUAUUAAAACAGAAGAUAUAGAGGGAGAAGAGACGUAUGUGACUGAUAUGAAGGCAGAAGAUAUAGAGGAAGAAGAAGAGACGUAUGUGACUGAUAUAAAGGCAGAAGAUCUAGAGGGAGAAGAAGAGACGUAUGUGACUGAUAUAAAGGCAGAAGAUCUAGAGGGAGAAGAAGAGACGUAUGUGACUGAUAUAAAGGAAGAAGAUAUAGAGGGAGAAGAAGAGACGUAUAUGAGGGGUGAUCAGCAGUGUAAGGAGGAGGAGAUCCCUACAGAUAUCAGCACAGCAGAUGGACACACAAGCAGGAAUAUCUCAGAAGGACAUCUAAUGUUAUCCCCGUAUUGUGACAUAAAAGAUCAUGACAGUAUACAGGAAUCUCCAGGAGAUAAUCCCAUUAUCCCAAUUGUACAUCCAGCUCUAUCAGCUGAUCCCUCUGAUCCUGGGAAAUGUUCUCCUGAUCACUCUGAUAUUGGUGCAUCUGUUACAGCUCUGACAGUAGAUACAGUGUUUCCCUGUUCUAUAGAUGCCAAAUGUUUUACACAGAACACAAAGCCUAUUAACCCACACACAGGUAAGGCAGGUGAGAGGCCACUGAUAUGUUCAGAGUGCGGGAAAUGUUUUACACAAAAUUCACAACUUGUUACACAUCAGCAAAGUCACACAGGUGAGAAGCCAUUUCCAUGUUCUGAGUGUGGGAAAUGUUUUGUAUCGAAAUCACAUCUUGUUAUACAUAACAGAAGUCACACAGGUGAGAAGCCAUUUUCUUGCUCUGAGUGUGGGAAAUGUUUUCCAUGGAAAUCACAUCUUGUUAGACAUCAGCAAAGCCACACAGGUGAGAAGCCAUUUUCUUGCUCUGAGUGCGGGAAAUGUUUUUCACGGAAAUCACAUCUUGUUAGACAUCAGCAAAGCCACACAGGUGAGAAGCCAUUUCCGUGUUCUGAGUGUGGGAAAUGUUUUUCACGGGAAUCACAUCUUGUUAGACAUCACAGAAGUCACACAGGUGAGAAACCAUUUUCUUGCUCUGAGUGUGGGAAAUGUUUUACACGGAAAUCAGAUCUUGUUAUACAUCACAGAAGUCACACAGGUGAGAAGGCAUUUCCAUGUUCUGAGUGUGGGAAAUGUUUUGCACGGAAAUUAGAUCUUGUUAUUCAUCACAGAAGUCACACAGGUGAGAAGCCAUUUCCAUGUUCUGAGUGUGGGAAAUGUUUUACACACAAAUCAGAUCUUAAUGUACAUCACAGAAGUCACACAGGUGAGAAGCCAUUUGCAUGUUCUGAGUGUGGGAAAUGUUUUGCACAUAAAUCAGAUCUUGUUAGACAUCAGCGAACUCACACAGGUGAGAGGCCAUUUUCUUGCUCUGAGUGUGGGAAAUGUUUUACAAAGAAAUCAUAUCUUGUUAGACAUCAGCGAACUCACACAGGUGAGAGGCCAUUUUCUUGCUCUGAGUGUGGGAAAUGUUUUACAUGGAAAUCCCAACUUGUUACACAUCAGCAAAGUCACACAGGUGAGAAGCCAUUUCCAUGUUCUGAGUGUGGGAAAUGUUUUGCACAGAAAUCAGAUCUUGUUAUACAUCACAGAAGUCACACAGGUGAGAAGCCAUUUUCUUGCUCUGAGUGUGGGAAAUGUUUUACAAAGAAAUCACAUCUUGUUAGACAUCAGCGAACUCACACAGGUGAGAGGCCAUUUCUAUACUCUGAGAAAUAAAUCAGCUCUUGCACACAAUAAACAUCACUCAGGUGAGGAACCAUUUUAAUCUU